AUGACCAGUUCUUGUCUAAUUUAUGGUUCACUUAUAAUUUUUUAUGUUCCCUUCUGUCAUCUGUUCAUUGUGUUCCGUUGUAGCUGUUCAUAUAAGUAGAAGUGUUCUAAAACUCAGACAGCAAAACCAAAUGGUUAAGUUUCCGCAAUUUUUCUUUGGCAGUCUUCAUUUUUGUUCAGCUUGAUCUUGAUUUUGUUAUUUUCACUCAAAACAUGAUGGUUUUGGAUAGAGGGAACUCUCUGCUUUUCUUUUUAAUUGUGAUUUUACUGCAGAUUAGAAGUGCUGUUGGCCUUAAUUCAACAGCUGGAGAUCAUGAAGUUAGGAAGCGAAGAAGAGAAAAGGGAUUGUUGCAAAUGGAGAGGAGUUCAGGUAGCAGAGCAACAGGACACAUAAUUGAGCUUAUUCUUCAGGAUUGCUCUUUAAGAAUUAAGAGGUGGACAUCUUCUCAGUCAGUUAGGGAACCUCACAAGUCUGCAACUCCUUGAUCUUAGACAUAAUUACUUCAACAGUAUCGAAAAUCUUGAGAGGCUUUCCCAAUCUUGAGUGGCUUUCCCAAUCUUGAGUGGCUUUCCCAUCUUUCUUCUUUGAAAUACCUUGAUAUGAGUACAAUCAACCUUCGUAAGGUUA